GCUGCGAAGGCGGAAGUACGGCCCGUGCGCGCCCCCAUGGACUCGCUCUUGCAGUACCUGGAGCGCUUCUCGGAGGUUCUGGCCGUCUCCCGCUCGACCCACGUUAGCCGCUGGGACCCCGCCACCGUGCGCAGGGCCUUGGAGUGGGCUCGCUACCUGCGCCAUAUCCACAGGCGCUUUGGCCGCCAUGUCAGUAUUCGCACAGCUCUGGAACGGCGGCUGCAAAACCAGUGGAGGCAGGUGGGCGGCUCUGGGCCCGCUUCAGUCCCCGGGUUGACAAACUUCCGGGCCUUGGAGCGCUGCGACCUCCUGCUGUCUCAGCGACUGCUGGAGAACCCGGCCCUCGGGGAUGCCGCCUUGCACAGCCUGCUGCAGCAACUCUUUCCCGGCCCUGGCGUCCCGGACGCCGAAGAGGAGACGCUCCAAGGCAGCCUGGCCCUCCUCGCCCGCAGCCGGUCCGCUGUCCACAUGCUGCGCUUGAACGGCUAUGGAGAGAACUCGGUCCUUCCGGAGGACUCGGUGAUCAAGACUCAGGCAGAGCUGCUGCUGCAGCGUGUGCAGGAGGCCAGCAGGGCCGAGGCGGAGGGCCCCAGCAGGUUUCUUAGCAGCCUGGGGGAGCGCUUGCCUCACAACAACUUCCUGCAGGUGAUAGCAACCGCGCUAUUGCUGCCGUCGUCAUCUCCCCAGCCCCCCAAAGAGGAGUUGGAACUGGGCAGCCCCAAAACACCGGGGGAGGCGAGUCAAGAGCUGGUCAGUUGGCUUCUGAGGAAGCCGGAUAUCAUGGCUACAUUUUGCCGACAUCUCCCAGCCGGGCUCUUAACUUCGGUGGCAGGCCGCCAUCCAGACCUUUUCCAGGUCUAUCUGGGUCUGCUGACAAACUGGGGUCGACACCUGCACUAUGAUCUUCAGAACGGCGUUUGGGUUGGAGCUGAUUCCCAAGAUGUGCCCUGGGAGGAGUUGUACGGCAGGUUCCAAAGCCUCUGUCGGGCCCCUUCACCUCUGAAAGAUGAAGUUCUAAGUGCCCUGGAGUCCUGUAAGGCGCAAGACGGAGAUUUCCAAGUCCCUGGUCUUAGUAUCUGGACAGACCUGCUGUUAGCUCUUGGGAGUGGUGCAUGAUCUUCCAUUUGGGAAAAUAACACGUUUCAUGUCGCAGCCCAGGCCCCAGUUUUCUAUGGGCAGUGUUCUGUCACUUGAUUACUUGAAUAUAUGGUUUACGAAACUAAAAUUCCAGUGUUCCCAUCAAAUCUAUGUCCAAGAUAUUACUUUAUGUGCUAAUCUAUAAUAGGUGUAAUUAUAAUUUAACAAUUAUAAAUGUGUAAAGUAACUGGCUUGUGGUGCCAUGGAUUUUCUGGAUAGAGGAGAUAACAUUGGAAGUGUCUUUAAAGCCGUGGAAUUAAUAGUUUGCUUUUUAGAAGGUCCAUUUUUAAGCAUGCUGAAAAGUACUUUUGAAAGAAUAAGCAGCUUUAUUUUUUUAUUAUUAUGUUUCAGGUGUACAAAACAAUGCAAUAGUUUUCCUUUUCACCCCUCACGAAGU